GAUGGCAUCUGUUUCUUGGUUCAGGGUUUGCCAGUUCAGGCUUCGAACGUCAACUGCUGUCUCGUCUUUUCAGGAAAUAAACCUCCACAGGUCCAAGUAAAGCUACAUCAGUUGGUGGAAAUCCAUAGGAAGGUAGAGAAGGAGCUUGCACUAAUGGAGAUAACAGAGGAAAUAAAAACAUCAAAGGAUCUGUUUGACGUAAAUUUGAGGGAAAUCUGGAAGAAGUGGGAGCUGAGAGCCAUGGUUCUGUUCACACUUGGUGUCCAAAUAGUCCUCCUCCUUCUGGGCAACAGAAGGAAGUCCUGCCCCAAGGUUUGGCUGAGAGUCCUUGUUUGGUGUGCCUAUUUGACUUCAGAUUAUGUAGCAACCGUCGCUCUCGGUGUCCUCUCGAGAAAGCUAGGAGAGGUGAAUGAACAAUCUGGCUAUCUUGAUGAUAACAGCAAGCUAGUUGCUUUGUGGGCACCAUUGCUUUUGCUUCUCCUGGGCGGCCCUGACACCAUCACUGCUUAUUCCUUGGAAGACAAUGCACUCUGGCUCAGACAUCUUCUUGCCCUGGGUGUUCAAGCAGGAGCAACAGCUUAUGUUCUGUUCAUGGCCUGGACAAGCUCUUCUCUGUCGGUUUUGUCACUUGUGAUGAUCUUGGUUGGGCUAAUCAAGUAUGGUGAGAGGACAUGGGUCCGGUGGCUGGCAAGCAAGGAUAAGCUCAGAGAAUCUAUGCUCAGUCCACCUGAUCCCAGCCCUAACUACCCUAGAUUCAUGGCGGAGUACAGCCUAAAGCAGGCUGAGGGGUACCAUGUCACCGCUGAUGAAGUAAUUGAAGUUCAAGUCCCGGCUGGUCUUUAUGCAACUGGCGAUCUGUCUAAUAUUAAUUAUGCCCAAAAAACCAAACGUGGAAUUCCUGUCCAUCUUAUAAUUAAGGCCUAUGGAUUGCUUCAAAUAUUUAAGUGUCUCUUCAUCGAUCUGAUACUAAGUUAUGACGACCGGGACUUGAGUCGGUCCAUAUUCAAGGGUAUCUCAUGGAAUGACGCUUUUCAACUGAUAGAGAUCGAACUUGGGUUCAUGUAUGAUUUGCUCUACACGAAGGCCAUGCUUUUGUAUAGUGUUUGGGGAUUCCGACGCCGAUUUAUUACUUUCUCCCUCACUCUCCUUGUGCUUGCAUUCUUUUCUCUCAUUGAGAAGUACCCCGAGCGUUCGACCGAAAAAGAAAAGUACGCCGAGUGCUCAACAGUCGACCUUUAUAUAACUUAUGCAUUGCUGGUCGUCAUCAUUAUUUUCGAAAUUUACUCCAUCUUGAUACUCCUGUCCUCGGACUGGACAGACGUGUGGUUGAGUGUGCAUAACAAGAGCCGCGCCCUUCACCAUGCUGUGACUUGUGUCCAGUUGCCUAAACAGCCUCGGUGGUCGAAUUCCAUUGCUCAGUUCAGCUUGCUAGAGUUCUGCAUCAAUGAAAAUCCCUUGGUCUGCCAUGGAAUUCUCAAGCGCUUAAACAUCAAUGAGAAGCUGGAUAAGUAUCACUACACGGCCUUUGAAAAAGUACAGCCCGAGCUUAAAAAAAUGAUCUUUGAACGCGUGAAGGUGAAGUAUGAUGAUCGCAUGAAGAUGAAGUCUGAUAAGCUUGAAAUGCCCACGGAUCCAGGCCAAAUUGGCACAGUACUCGAUGGUUAUGAACAUAAAGAUGAAAUUUGGAGCACCGAGGCGGAGUUCGACCAAAUUAUCCUCACUUGGCACAUUGCGACCGAACUUUGCUACUACUCGGACAAUGUAAGAGAGUUCACCGAGUACAGACUAAGCAAGCUCCUGUCACGGUACAUGUUUUAUCUCCUAGUCAGGUACCCUUCCACGUUGCCUAACGGAAUCGGGCAGAUCAGGAUCCGGGACACAUUUGCCGAGGCCAUAAAGUUCUUCGAAGAGCAAGCCCAUUCCAAUCCCAGACGUGGAGAGAGCCACGGUGCCUCCAGCAAUGAGGUGGUCCGCAGAAGCCGGAGAGCUCUUAAAUCAGCUUGCGAUAUGUUACUAAAAGUGAACACCGAGGUUCCUCCAACGAAGGUUAAGGGUGGUAGGAGCAAAUCGGUGUUGUUUGACGGAUGCCAGCUCGCGACGGCGCUAAAUAAAGUGGAGAGAACAAAGAAGUGGAAAAUGAUCGGGCAUCUUUGGGUGGAGGUAUUGUUGUUCGCAGCAAGCCAAAGUAGAGGGGAUUGCCACGCUGAUCAGCUGAGGAGAGGAGGAGAGCUUCUCACUCAUGUUUGGCUCCUGCUCGCGCAUUUUGGGCUGACCGAUCACUUCAAGAUGACCCAAGGCCAUGCAAUAGCAAAGCUUAUAUUAAGAUAGGAAUCUUAGGGAGAUCAGUAUGCAUCUUCUGAUGUUGUGUGUUUACUUUUGAAUGGAGUGUUGCAUCACUUUGAGUGACCAAAUCAUCUUUGUAAUAUAUUCUGGGGAGGCCUAAUCCCGUUUAAAACCUGCAUAAGUUUUCCUUAA